UUGUCAUCAGCAUUUUCUUUGUAUUUCUCACUAUAUUACAUUCCAACCUUUUUUAUAUACUUAUUGUUAGCUUUCUUCUUGACCUCAAACCAAUUUCUAUUCUUUACUUCUUCCCAAGAGUCCUUUUAUUUACUUGGAUUUAAUUUUGUGUGGCAAAUUGCUUUCUUUGCUUUAAAAACCUUUUUACGCUUUUCCUCCUCUCACGCGUUUAUUUUUCAUUUUAUUUAGAGCAAAAAUUUUAUUUUUUUAUCCUCGCAGCAAUAAACGUUCUUUUCCUCGUUUCUCAAUAAAUCCAAUUUUAUUCAAAUAUCACUGAUUGUCCCCAAAAAUGCUUGGAAAGGAUUCAAAAUUUAUGAAAAUGACUGCCAAAAUGCGUCAAGAGACUUAUCGUCGAAAAUCAAGUGAUAUAUUAAACGCAGCAAAGUCUGUUUAUGGACCAGCACCUAAACCCUUUCCGGAUCGAAAUGAAUGGUUGAAUCAACGCUUUUCCAAUAUUUAUUGGUCUUUUAGAAAAUUACAAUUUCAAUUAUUUUUUAAAAAUGAAGGUUGGUAUAAAUUUAAAAAAAAAUUUAUUUAUUUUUAA